CUAACACAAAAUAGAGAUCACAACAUGGAUGAAGUGAAGCUCUUUGGAUUUUGGCCAAGUCCUUUUAGCCUAAGGGUCAUUUGGGCUCUAAAACUAAAGGGUGUGAAUUUUGAAUACAUAGAGGAAAAUCUCCCCAAUAAGAGCGACUUGCUGCUACAGUACAACCCUGUUCACAAGAAGAUUCCAGUGCUUGUUCAUGGAGGAAAACCAAUUGCAGAGUCGUUGGUUAUUCUUGAAUACAUUGAUGAGGUGUGGCCAGAGAAUCCCCUGCUUCCAAAAGAUGUUCAUGAGAGAUCUGUUGACCGGUUUUGGGCCAAAUUCAUAGAUGAAAAGACUCGAACUAUGUGGGAAUUCUUUCAUAAAUUUGGGGAAGAACAGGAAAAGGCGGUCAAGGACAACCUUGAAAUUUUGAAAACAAUAGAGGAACAUGGGCUUGGAGACAAGAAGUUCUUUGGUGGUGACAAACUUGGAUUAACUGAUCUUGUCUUUGGAUGGGCUCUUCAUAUCUUGGUGCCUAUGGAAGAGGUAGCUGGAAUCAAGUUUAUCAAAGCCGAUACCUUCCCUCGCCUGCAUGCAUGGAUGAAGAAUUUCAGUGAAGAACCUGUAAUCAAAGACAAUGUCCCAGAUCACAACAGAGUCAUAGAUUUCUUUAAAACGAGAAGAGAAUUAUACAAGACAUCACCUCAUCAUAGUCAGACGAAAGUAAAUUAGCUAGUAAUAGCAGUUUGUAUUACGCAUUUAUGUUGUGAGGAAGAACUACUUUAAUCAGUUCUCUGUUUAAUUUUCAUGUUGGUUAAGGCUGGUUUUUAUUAGUUUAAGAAUAAUAGUACAUUAGACAAUGAUGUACAAGGAUUGAGUUUUCUUACCAUCUACAUCUAUAAGUAAUGUAACAGUAUAUUAAUCUCUGAGAUACAAUGGCAGCAGUCCCAGUUUAUUUA